AUGACGAAUGUUCGCGUGAAUUGGGGCGAACUGUUCCCCAGCAGGAAGAGUGUAUUCAUUUUCUUCACCUACAUGUCACUGUUUGUCAGCCAAGGCAUUCUGGUGACCGCUUCACAGCGUUCCGAUAACUCCUACAGCUACAAUACCGUGCUAGUUGUGUUGCUUACAGAAACACUGAAGCUUGUGAUAUCGGCAGGACUUUAUUGUAGAGAACAUAGCUUUCAGUCGCUUAUCGCGCGCGUGGUUGAGGGAAGCAACGUGUUGCUACUAUAUUUUGUGCCCGCUUUCCUCUACUGCCUGUACAACAACUUGGCGUUUGUGAAUCUUUCCACAUUCGACCCAACCACGUACUAUUUGCUGCUUCAGCUGCGCGUCGUUAUAACGGGCAUAUUAUUCCAAAUUAUCUUCAAAAAGUACCUAAGCCGAAAGCAAUGGUUUUCUUUACUGCUUCUUACCGUCGGAUGCAUGUUGAAACAGUGGAACUUUUCUCUAUUCUCUACCACGUCUCAAUCCCUUACGGGAGGCAAUGUUGCGAACGGCGAUACAACAGUACGGGCAAACGCUGCUGAACCACUGAAGGAAACGGAGGUGGAUGGUACCUUUCGGGGUAAAAACAUUUCCGGAUUCGAUUUAAGCUACAGUGCCUUGCUUAUUCUGGUACAAACGGUUUGCUCGUGUCUGGCAGGCGUGUACAACGAGUAUCUGCUGAAGAAGAAAGGUUCCGACAUCAACAUCUACGUGCAGAACGUUUUCAUGUACCUGGACUCGAUCGUGUGCAACAUGAUGAUCCUAUUGCUGCAGGGUGAACUGGUCGGUGCAUUCACGAGCGAGAAUUUGCGCGAAAUUGCACGCUUCGAGGUGAUCAUAAUCAUGUUGAAUAAUGCUGCAAUUGGUAUCAUUACCAGUUUCUUUCUGAAGUACAUGAACUCCAUACUGAAAACAUUUGCCAGUGCUCUGGAGCUAAUGUUUACGGCAGUUCUGUGCUACUUGCUGUUUGCGAUACCAGUCUACCUGAACACGAUGCUGGCAAUCGCCGUUGUUUCGUAUGCUAUCUAUCUGUAUUCACUGAAUCCGGUAGUUAAUUUGGCUAAUACGCCAGCUGCAUCGAAGGUGGCUUUGAAUGUAACACACAGAAGUAAUGAGGAUCGUAAGACGUUGCUUACAAUCGGCAGUGGUAAAACACGUUCACGGGCAAACGUUAGCGAUUCCGAGGACGAUAACAUUGCACCUCAAUUGCAAGAGGUAUGA